AUGCUCGAUUUCGAUUGCCAACACGAGAUAAAGCCAUCGUCUUCGAGUGGUGAUGGCACACAGAAGAUAUCAGCUGAUGCAGCAACCGUCGUGGACCUUCGGAGUCAUCGAGGUCGUAUUUCGACAAUCCCGGUUCUGGAGAUAAACAAGGAUAAUCUGAAUCAACUCUGGACCUAUCUACUCGUUUCAAUUAAAAACUCCUCAUUCAUUUCAGUCGAUUUGGAGCUAAGUGGAUUGGGUAUUGAGAAAGGGUGGUUAUCUCAGUCGAUAAAUGAUCGCUACAAAUUGAUCCGGAAAUCUGCCCAAAGCCGUGCNCAUUUCUAUUCGACGCUUCCCGAAACUUUGGACGAAUUCGUCGCUAAUUUAUCGGAU